UUCUCGGUCGCACUUCAGCCCUUGUGGCUUCUGAGGCCUCCUCGAACAACACCAUCAUCUGGCUGCUAUAUUGGGAGACACCCGAGGCGCUCCAUCACUUUGCCAGCAGCAGCAUGCAUCCCAAGCUGGUGCAGGAAUAUCAGGCACGGGCCAAGGAUACAGGGUAUCACCUCGGGGUCAUGCACGAAGUGUACGACGUCCCUGCACGACACUGGGAGACAAUUUAUGUCAACAUGCGUCCAUUUGCAAUGGGUGGGUUGGCCUGA